AUGGCCGCCCCGAUGUACAUGAACGACCCGAUGCCGGCCUACACGAUUCAGUCGGAUGCCGGCAUGCCAAUGACCUACACAACCUCGCCCUACGGCCUCCCAGCAGGGUACAGUGACGGAUACAGCAUGCCUGCAGGGCAGGUCUACGGCAGCGAGCCGCAAUACACCUACAUGCCCGCUGACAUUAUGGCCGGGGCCUACCAGAACGUCAUGCCGUCCAUGCCAGCGCCCAUGCCGGCGGCCAUGCCGGCGGCCAUGCCGGCGUCCAUGCCGGCGUCCAUGCCAGCAAGCUUGGAUCACUCCAAGGGAAAGUGGUUCGCCCCCGGCGAGGCCCUGCCAGCCGGCUUCGUGGUCAGUGCCCAUCCGGAGGGUCACACAGCGCCCCAGGACCACCACGUCAUGACGGACAAGGCCCGCGAGAGCUUCGUGGUGACGGGAACCGCCGCCGCAAGCGCCAGGGCUGGCUCCUCCAUCCCGAAGGCGUCUGCACCCGCGACGAAGAGCAAGAAGGGCAAGAAGAAGAAGUCCAGUGGCUGCUGCUGA